CCAUGGCAACCAAUUUGGGGAGGGCAGAUAAGAAAAAAACUUCCUGGAGUGAAGUUACAGAAUUGGCAAAGAAGAAGGAAUAGACACUGACUUCCUUGCAGCAGCAAGACAUGUUUUGUGAAAUCUUGUAUUGCAGGCUCAGCUAGGUGUCUUCUGAAGAAGGAUAACACGCGCGCAUUGAAACAGCAGAGGUGUGCCGCCCAUGAGUGUCUGCAGACGUACAGUGUAGGCUACUUUUCUUCCACUAGAUGGCAGUGUUUGAACACUGACUGCCAACUGCAACCAUGACCAGGAUGUCGGUAUUUCAAAUCACUCUCGUCCUGUGCGCUUUACACCAUGUUUUUGGAGAGCACGCCCACAAAGUAUUCAUUGAAGACGGACACUACAUCGAUGGGAAGCAUAAUCCAGAAUAUGAUAUGAACACUCUCCUGGGCACUGAGGACAAAGAUGAGAUUAUGAAGAUGAGCCCGUCAGAGCAGAAGAAAAGACUUGGGGAAAUUGUACGAAAGACUGACACAGAUUCAGACAAAUAUUUAAGCGCAGAGGAAAUCACGCUAUGGAUCCAGAGGGUGUACAGGAAGUAUGCCCUGGAGGAUGCCAAAGAGCGGUUUCCAGAGUUUGACUCCAACCAAGAUGGCGUGGUGUCCUGGGACGAGUAUAACAUGGUUAUGCACGACCGCAUAGUGGAGGUGGAUGAAGAUGCAUUUCUUGAAGAUCCUGAGGAAGAAUCCUUGAGAUAUUUGCACUUGAAGGAGAAGAAGCGUUUUGACUUCGCGGAUGUGGACGGCAGGCCCGGACUGAACCUGACAGAGUUCCUGGCCUUCACGCAUCCCUCAGAAGUGGACCACAUGGCGGACUUUGCGAUUGAGGACGUGCUAGCUGAGUAUGACACUGAUAAAGAUGGAUUCAUCAACUUGAAGGAGUUCAUUGGAGAUCUUCGCAAUGAUGGAGAGGACCCGUCUCAGUGGGAGGUUGAGGAGACGGUGCGCUUCAGGGACCUGUACGACCAGGACCGAGACGGGCAGCUCAACCGGGACGAGCAGCUGCGCUGGGUGGCACCCAACAGCUACGGCUCCGCCAGGGAAGAGGCUAUCCAUCUGAUUAAGGAGAUGGAUGUGGAUGAGGACGGGAAGCUCUCGGAGGCCGAGAUCCUGACAGGCCAGGACACGUUCAUGAACAGCGAGGUGACAGACUACGGACGGCAGCUUCACGUGGCGCACGAUGAGUUAUAGCAUUUGCCUUUCUUUCUUUUCUCUCUAUGCUCUUUCUUUCUUUCUUUUUUGUUUUGUUUCAUUUGCCUCAGUGGUUAAGUUGUUUGUUGCCAAUACAUUUUUUAAUGAAGACAUGAAGCCAAUGUUACAUGUUUGUUUGUGCGUAUGACUGUUUCUGUUAGUGUCUUGUUUUACUGUGUCACAAAUAAAAUUUAUAUUAACAAAUAAUGA